GCGUGAGUGGUUUGAAAAUCGUGGUGUGCAGCUGCAGCGCGAGCCGGCGGCUUUAAGAAUCUACCACCAUGCUGCGAGGAGAUGAGCUUGCGGAGCUGCAGUGCACUGUUGCGGUGGAGCGUGUGAACGCCUCCUCUGGCCACGUGAUGAAACGGCAGGUCAUGCGCUCUGCCAUGGUCAUGCUGGGCCGGGAUGAGUUUGAAGAGUUGGUGCUGCGGGUUCAGGACCGCACUAGAGGUCACACAGUGAGCUUCAUGCUGCGUAACUUUCAGCUGUUCACCCGUUUUGCCAAAGAUGGCAAGUGCACCAUAAAGGUGGACCCCGAGGGCACGCAGGUGCUGAUCUCUGACUGUCCAACAGAUCGCCUGUGCACCUUUCUACGCACCCUGAAGAUAAAGCACGAAGCCUCGCGUGACCAUAAGCCUGUGAGUGACCGUGCCAGACUGAAGGCCGCCCUGCCCCGCUCCUUUAACACCAUCAGCCCGCUGCAGCAGAAGGACGUGGAGAAAGCCAACGAGCUGCGGAGCAAAGUGAACGCACCCCUGCAGCUGAAGGGUCUCACUGAGAGAUCUGCCAAUAAGAACAAGGCUGGAGUGUCACAGCAGGUUAAAAGGCCAAGAGUGGACUGCGAUACAAGCCCGGUGAAAGCUCUCCAUCCGAAUAAAAAGCCUGUCCUGACUUUGCCAACGGCACGAAAGCUCAGCAAAGAACAGACAGCGGUUCUGAAUGCGGUUUUGAGCGGAAAGAAUGUCUUUUUCACUGGAAGUGCAGGUACAGGAAAGUCCUUCCUGUUAAAGAGAAUUAUUGGAUCGCUGCCUCCAAAAAGCACGUACGCUACUGCCAGCACUGGUGUUGCUGCAUGUCAUAUAGGAGGGACGACACUACACAACUUUGCAGGUAUAGGCUCUGGCUCAGCCCCUCUGGAACAGUGCCUGGAGCUCGCCCAGCGGCCCGGAGUCCGGCAGCACUGGACCAGCUGCAAACAUCUCAUCAUCGACGAAAUCUCCAUGGUGGAGGCUCAGUUCUUUGACAAGCUUGAAGCCAUAGCCAGGUCUAUCAGAAGAUCCACUGAGCCGUUUGGAGGGAUCCAGCUGAUUGUAUGUGGAGAUUUCCUGCAGCUUCCGCCUGUUACCAAAGGAAAGGAGAAACCCAGCUUUUGCUUCCAGGCGAGGACCUGGAGGAAGUGCAUCCACGUGAACAUGGAGCUGACAGAGGUGCGCAGGCAGACCGACCGGACCUUCAUCUCUCUCCUGCAGGCUGUCAGAGUGGGCAGAGUCACAGAGGAAGUCACCUCCCAGCUUCUGAAAAGCGCCAAUAACUGCAUCGAAAGGGACGGUAUCCUGGCAACCAGGCUGUGCACACACAAGGACGACGUGGAGCUCACUAAUGAGAACAAACUCAAGCAGUUGCCAGGGCCUUUGCGAGUGUUUGAGGCUGUGGACAGUGACCCUAUGUUGGUUAGGACCAUUGAUGCACAGAGUCCAGUGGGGGCAGUAUUACAGCUUAAAGUUGGAGCCCAGGUUAUGUUAACCAAGAAUCUGGACGUCCAGAGAGGCCUUGUGAACGGCGCAAGAGGAGUUGUGGUUGACUUCUUACCUGGAAACCAAGGCCUCCCCCGUGUGCGUUUCCUGUGUGGUGCUGUGGAGGUGAUGAAGCGCGAGCGGUGGAUGUUUAAGGCGGGAGGAGGGCUGUACCUGAGCCGGCAGCAGCUUCCACUAAAACUGGCCUGGGCCAUCUCCAUCCAUAAGAGUCAAGGAAUGACUUUGGACUGUGUGGAGAUCUCCCUGGCUCGAGUCUUUGAGAGCGGUCAGGCCUACGUGGCUUUAUCUCGAGCACGGAGUUUGGAAGGGCUUCGAGUGAUGGACUUCGAUCCACGAGUGGUCCAGGCCAACCUGGACGUGCUGCUGUUUUAUAAGAAGCUGAGGAAAGAGAGGCUGCUCAUGCAGUCCUCCAUCAACGACUUUGUAGGAAGAAGCAACAAGGAGAAUGAAGCUUGGUGAGGAAACUUCGUGUCCUAAUGUGACUGUGCACUGUGUGCAUGACCUUUUUCCCCCUUUUUUAAUUAAUUUAUCAUGUCUCCUUAUUUCCCA